ACCUAUAAAUUUAGGUCAUUCAUAAAAUAACAACUUGGUUAAAGUCGAAAAAGUAGGUCGUAGAUAUCUAGAUUUGGCAAAAGUAGCUACUGAAUGAUAAUUGGCACCCUAAUUUAAUAUCUAAUACCAUACAGAAUGAUUUUCAGAAAGCUCCCUCUAAGGUUGUACACGCAAACCUGCAAAGCUUAUUAUGUCACGAAGGCACCCAAGCCCGAGAUCCCUAAGAACCCAAUGACCGAGGUGUACUCGGCUUCGGCGCAGAAAAGUAAUGGCAUUGUUUACGACAGGAAGCCGUUUAGGGUUACACUGCAGGAGGGCAAGACGUACCACUGGUGCCUCUGCGGGCGCUCCAAGUCGCAGCCGCUGUGCGACGGCACCCACAAGGACGUGUAUCUGAAGAUCACACAAAGACCAAUAAGGUUCACAGUGGAGAAGACUAAAGAUUACUGGCUGUGCAACUGCAAACAGACCAAGAACCGGCCGUUCUGCGACGGCACCCACAAGUCCAAGGAAGUACAGGAGACACACAUUAAGGUUUAGAUGGAGAUAGUUUCCUA